AUGGCAUUUGCAGUCAGUAUCUUAGGGAAGGAUUUGGCCGAUGAACUUGCCCUAGUUGAUGUAAUAGAAGACAAAUUAAAGGGAGAGAUGAUGGGUCUCCAACAUGGCAGCCUUUUCCUCAAAAUGCCAAAGAUUUUUUGUGGCAAAGACUACAUGGGUAUUUUGACCUAUGUGGCCUGGAAGCUAAGUGGCUUUCCUAAGAACUGUGUUAUUGGAAGUGGUCGCAAGCUGGCUUCUGCCUGUUCCUGUUACCUAAUUGGGGAGAGACUUAGUGUUCAUUCUUCAAGUUGUCAUGGAUGGGUCCUUGGGAAACGUGGAGACUCCUGUGUUCCUGUGUGGAGAGGUGUGAAUGUUGCUGGUGUCUCUCUGAAAAAUUUUUAUCCUGCUUUGGGAACUGAUGCUGACUCAGAGAAUUGGAAAGAUGUUCACGAACAGGUGGUUGAAAGUGCUUAUGAGGUGAUCAAGCUGAAGGGCUACACUUCCUGGGCCAUUGGCUUGGCCGUGGCAGGUCUGGAAGAAAGCGUUAAGAUUCUUAGGAGAGUGCAUCCAGUUUCCACCAUGAUUAAGGGCCUAUAUGGCAUUAAUGAGGAUGUCUUCCUUAGUGUCCCAGAUGUCUUAGGGCAGAAUGGUAUUUCAGAUGUGGUGCAGAUAAACCUGAAUCUGGAGGAGGAAGCCCGUUUAAAGAAGAGCUCAGAUACUCUUUAG